UACAGUGUUGUCAACGUCGAAACGGAAGCUUCGUAAGCCUUUUCGGGUCGCGGAUUAAUUCUGCUGGAUGGAGAAAACGGUCAUAAACGAGCGACUGGGACCAAGAAGGCCAUGGGUACGGUGGUACAAAGCAAGAGGACACCCUGGUCAGAUUGCGCGUGUUUAAGUACCACCGCAGCCGCCCAGCCGCUCUUGGCGUGGGGAGUCCUGGCACGCGGAGCUCCGUCCCAGCUCACUCUCGACGACGUCCGGAGCUCGAGUUGCGAACACGAUCGACUUUCUCAGACGUCUCUUCUCUCCUUAGUCUUUUCGCGCACGAUGUCGUUGGAGCCACCGACCUAUCUCAGCUCCCUGGAGAACAACAUCCGCGCGCGGCCAAUCCCCUGGGAAGGUGCCGUCCGAGCUGGAAACAUCACCGAUGACCACCUAAAGAAGAUCAAGGCGGUGGAUAAGGUGCGCAAGGAGCAGCGGAAACAGACCGUGGAGGGUGAUCUGAAAGGCUAUACGACUCUGCUGGCCGGAGGUCCAGAUGGCAAGAGUGUCUUGGAGACGGCGUCUCGCCGGACAGAUAUCGUCCAGUACAUCCUAGUUCUGGCUACGGAUCUGAUCAAUGAUGCACCGUCACUUGCACCUGCAAUCGUUGCGCAUCCCGAUCCAUACAAGCCGUUCCUCCCCCUUCUCCGUCACUCCACGAGCACGGAAGACCCGAUACCUCUCCUCACCUCGACCUUCUUGACAGCGCUUGUUUCCACCAGUUUAAAAUCCUCGACAAAGUCUGCUGGACGAGACGAGGAGGCUCUUACGCAGCUCUACGCUUACCUAUCCACGCUCACUAAGAACCAGGAUAGCGGACUGCAAGAUAUCGGCGUCCAAGGUUUCUCCGCAUUGCUCCAGACACAGCGGUCCAGAGAGAUCUUUUGGAGUCAGAGGAAGGAGACGGUAGACCCUUUGAUUGAGAUACUCCGUGCAGCCGCUGGUGCGAAAGAAACAGGUUCCACAACUCUGGGGGCGACGGGAAGCAUCCGGAGUCUUGAACCCGGCAUUGGAGGAGGCGUGGGACUGCAGCUUCUCUACCACGUCCUUCUUGUUCUUUGGCAAUUAAGCUUUGCAGGUGAACUGGUGGGCGACGAUCUGGAAUCGGACCAUGAAUUCAUUGCAUUGUACACCCAAUUGCUACGACUCUCUCCAAAGGAGAAGACCACUCGUCUACUCCUGGCUACGCUGAACAACUUGCUUUCUACGAACCGGACGACACUGCUGCCUGUGGCUGUGUUUGUCCGCCUCCCGGCACUACUCUCCAACCUGGGCGGUCGCCAUUUGACGGACCCGGACCUGCUUGAGGACCUACAGUCACUGUCCGAGAUGUUGGACGAGUACACGAAGACCCAGACGACGUUUGACCAGUACGCAGCCGAAGUGCAGUCCGGUCACCUGCGUUGGUCGCCGCCUCACCGCAACCCCACCUUCUGGAGAGAGAACGCACGUCGCAUUCUCGACGCCGAUCGGGGUGCUCUGCCUAAGAAACUGGCGGAGAUUCUGUCUAAGAGCUGGGACAAUGACAAGCAGGUCCUGGCUAUCGGAUGUAACGAUGUGGGUAACCUCGUGAAGGAGGUCCCAGAAAGGCGCGCGCAACUGGAGAAACUGGGGUUAAAGACGAGGGUCAUGGAACUGAUGGCGGAUUCAGACGAAUCGGUGAGAUGGGAGAGUCUGAAAGCGGUCGGGGAGUGGCUGCGAUAUACCUUUGAUAACUGAACAUCCGCGAGGGUUCCUGAUUUUAAGUUGUUUUUUUUUCGCAUGUGCAUACGCUGGUCAUCAGUCAGCAGUCGUUUCUUUGUCGCUAGAAGCUGUAAUUAUGUUAGAAGUCGAAACCUGGCAUGUAACCAUAUAUCCAGCGAAUACAGCUAUGUUCAAUUAUAUGCAGAAGUGUUUCAGGUGAAUGUCAAUACGCUUCGACGAUGUCCAUGCCCCGCCAAUGAUAGACCAAUACCCUUACUCUCUCCGGAGCGAUUAUUUCGUUCGCCACGGUUCGGGAGGUGAACGUGCUCAAGGGAUCAUCGGCUCCGCCACGAGCAGUUAAUUAAUUAGUUAAAGCCACCCUGAACCCCGAAACGGAGGGCGUGCUCGCAUUGGGCGACAAGUCCACUGCCUUACGAGUCGGAGUAGCUCAGUAGGAGGAUAGAUAGAUAGCCCAGAAUAAUCAUAUCCGAUUUUCUUCAGA